AUCUUUGUUGACUUCGACACAUAAUAAUGAUCUACCCACAACUAUCAAUCAAUAAUAUAAUGUCGAGUCAAAUUGAUGACAAAACUUUAACACAAUCAACAAUGAAAUUGAUAAUAGCCCGUACUUUGACAAUUUCAUAAAAGACUAAAUAUAUAUCAAAGAGAUAAAUAAACAUGAAUAUAGCAAAAAACCCGUGUAAUAAACAAUUGUUAUCGAAUUGAAAAGUUAAUUUGCAUAGUAUAGAUGCGGGCGCAAUUGUAUAAAUGUGUUAGAGUUCCACAACAAAAUACAUUGGAUGCAGAGAAGCUUGCUCUGUAGUGUUUAAAAUGUUGAUUAUCAACGUUUCAAUCCUUGUGUUAAUAUCCACCACAUGUGCGACAGUGUUACCUUACUUAAAUAAGGAUGAAAACAAGAGCGAUACGUUCAAUGAAAUACCAUGUUUGAGUUUCGGAGGUAUUUGCAUCCCGACUGUUGAAUGUCCCGAGGGACAACGAUCUCUCGGCGGCCUGUGUCCGCUGCAACAGAGGAUGAACAUCGAAUGCUGCUAUUCACUGCCGCUAUCAGAGAACAGAUGUCAUCGUCGUGGCGGUCUCUGUAUGGAUCGAGACGCGACUUGUCCAGAAAAACUUUUGUUCAAAGAAGCGCGCGAUUGUGAGGUUAAUGAAAAAUGUUGUAUCUUAGUCCAUUGAAAUCUGAUAUGUAGUUAAGUUUUUGGAUUUUUUUAAAAUAAAAUUGAAUAUUUUCA